UAACCUUUUAAAAACAAAAUGGAGAUAGAGCGGUCCCAAAACAAAGCAUAAUCCAAAAUUAAAACGGCGAUGACGGGACCAAUGGCAAAGGGAGAGAUAGUUUACAAAAUCUACAGAGCUUUAACCUACGGUCUAUCACCCUUGCUGCACCUUCACUUACACUGGCGCAAGCUCCGAGGCCUGGAGCACCCUAUCAGGUGGCGCGAACGCUUAGGUCGGCCUUCCCUCCGCCGUCCCUCCUCCGGCCCACUUCUCUGGUUCCACGCCGUCUCUUUAGGAGAAGGAAUGGCCGCCAUUCCUGUCAUUAAAUUUUGUAGUCAACGGAGACCUGAUGUCCACAUUUUGAUGACAACGACGACACUUUCCGCAUUUGAAGUGCUGAAAGAUAGACUUCCAGCUAAUGUUAUCUAUCAGUUUGCUCCAAUUGAUACACCUGCUGCCAUGGAUGCUUUCCUUGGGUAUUGGAAGCCAAAUUGGAUUGUAAUAAUGGAGAGUGAACUAUGGCCGAACCUUAUUAUUGGUGCUUCCAAAUGUGGAAUUGGUCUGGCAUUAUUAAAUGCUCGAUUGUCUGCAAAGUCCUUUAGACAUUGGUCAAGACCCGUGCUGUUUCCAUUAAUAUCUCUUUUAUUGUCCAAAUUUUCUCUGAUUGCCCCAUUGAGCUCUGUCCAGGCAAUUCAUUUUCAGCUUCUGCAAGCUCCACCUUUUAGCAUAAAAUUUUCUGGUGAUCUAAAAUACGCGGUGGAUGAGUAUGAACAAAAAGAUACCAGACAUAUAGAAUAUCUGCAAAAACAGCUUUCCCAAAAACAGGUUUGGAUGGCUGCUUCAAUUCACCGUGGUGAAGAAGAAAUAAUAAUGGGAGUUCACAACGUUCUUGUGCAAACUCACCCAGACAUUGUCACCAUUAUUGUUCCUCGGCAUCCACAACAUGGACAAGAGAUUGCUGAAGAAUUGCAGAAAGGAGGGCAAAAUGUAGCUUUGAGGUCUCAACAUGAAGAACUUAUUCCAGGAAUAAGCAUAUAUUUGGUGGAUACACUUGCUGCUGUAGUUGCAACAUAUUCAACUUCAACAGUUGAUUGCGCCACUGUUUCUUGCUUCUUCGAGUUCCAACAGAACACGCUCGGUCCUAGAGUAAAGAAAUAACCUGAGGUGGUCUCCAUGUCUUUAAUAGACCCAACCCAAUCACUGUCUGAAUACCCAAGUAGUUUGACCUUUUCAGUCUUUACAAACUUCACUCCAUGGCUAAGAGUUCCUUUUAUGUAUCGUAGAACCCUUUUUGCUACUUUGUAGUGGUUCAUAUUGCAACAAUGCAUGUAUUUUGACAAUAGACUUACAAUAAAUAUUAUGUCAGGUUUGGAUGCUGUCAAGUAAAACAGACAUCCCACCAAGCUUCUAUAGCUUGUUUCGUCAACCUUUUCAUCAUAUUCAUUACUGGCAAGCUUCUCACCUUGAGCGAUAGGGAUGCUUGCAAGUUUACAAUUCUCCAUGCUAUAUCUUCGCAGGGUUUUCAUCUUGAACCCCUUUUGGUUUAUAAAAAUUGUAUUGUGAGCUUGAUUUACCUAUCGAGAAAGUAUGGCAUUUCACCUAAGUUUGACAUUUCAAACUUCUCUUGCAUCUGGUCUUUGAAUAUAAUCACCAGUUCACUGUUGCUGCCAAUCACAAGUAAAUCAUCAACAUAUAAUGUGGGUUUGCUGAUGCUUCUUUCAAAACCCAUCUCUACUAGAUGAUUAUCAAUUCUUUCAUACCACGCCCUUGGUGCUUGCUUCAAGUCAUACAGUGCUUUGUUCAAUUUGUUCAUCCUUGAGGGUGCUCGACAUAAAUUUCUUCCUUCAAAAACUCAUUUAGGAAGGUUGACUUUACAUCCAUUUGAUGUAUCCUCCAACCCUUUUGAGUUGCAAGAGUUAUUAGCAGCCUUAUAGUUUCUAACCUCGUAACAGGGGCAAAAGUUUCAAUAAAGUCCUCUCCAUAUUGCUGGCUAAAUCCUUUCGCAGCCAACCUCGUUUUAUAUCUGUUGAUUGAUCCAUCAGAAUUCAUCUUGGUUCUAAACACCAAUUUAAUUCCAAUCACUUUUUUGCGAACCGGUCUAUCCACAAGCUCCCAUGUUUUAUUUUUGUUGAUCAUGGUGAUUUCAUCUUUCAUAGCUGUUCACCAUUCAACUUCUUGAGUAGCUUCUUCAAAAGUGACUGGUUUUAGCUUCGCCAGAGUACAUCAUUGAUAGAUUUUAGUGAUGGACUUGGAUCAUCGCACUGGUUGUUCAUCGAUUGCAUCAUUUUUAGUUUGGUCUCUAGUGGCUCGCUGAUUAAGUUUUGGACUCCCCUGUUUGCACAUCUCUUCCUUUGUUACAGUCCAAUUUCAUAUUUUUCUUUCAUCAAACUUCACAUCUCUGCUUAUGAUCACUUUCUUGGUGAAAGGAUUAUAGAUUCUAUAUCAUUUUUUAACACUGGAAUAUCCAACAAAUAUCCUUGACUGCGAUUUACUGUCCAGCUUGUUUCUUUUCUCUCCUCGAACAUGAACAAAACAGGUACAACCAUAUAAUCUUGAGUGUGAAAUUGUUGAAAAUUGACCAACCAUAUUGCUCUGAUAUUUUUGGUUGAAGUGCAUGCAGCUUGUAAACAUGCUUUAACACGUAUGCUUGUUGUAACAACAAGGUUGUUGUUUAGUUACUUUGUUAAGUUACUUUGUUGAAAAUGAAAUAAGUUGGUAUUGUUUUAAUUUUUUAGGUGCUGAUUGAUAUAAUCAGUUUGUGUGCAAGUUAAGUUUUACUUGUUUCAAAAUAUGAUUAGUGGUAGUUGGUAGUAUUCGGCAAUAAAUGUAUUGUUCUAAUUGAAAAAUGAGAAAAAUGAGCUAAAAGUCAUAAGCUCCCUUGCUACACAUCUAUGAGCAAGUAAAAAUAUUUCUUUCAUCUUGCUUCAUUGUUCUAUGUUCUCUAUUUUCUUUCCCUGCUCCUCCAAAAUGCCAACAAUUGGUAUCGGAGUUUUUAUGAUCUUUGAAAGGCUGCUCAACAAAUGGUAUGUUUUUGUAUUAAUUUUUGCUUUCAUUGCUUAUUAAAAAGAAAGAAGCUGCCAGAGCAUGUCAUUUAAGAUUGCUUGUAGAGAAGACAACAACAACUCAACCCUGGAGACUCCUAAACAAGCUUGGAUAAGCUGAAGGAGGAGUCAAGGGAAGUAUGCGAGCUGUCCAAAGUGCAAGUGGCAUGCUUGAAAGCAAAAAAUGCGAGCUCUGCAAAAUGUGCGUGCCCUGUAAAGUUGCGAGCCUGUUGAAGAUAGUAAGUCAAAGUGUGAGUCUAUCAAAAGUGCAAGCCUGCCAAAGUGUGAGUCUGUCGAAUUGUAAGCCGAAGAGGCAAACAGUCUAAAUGCAAACCCGAGUGGGUGCAAGCCAAAAUGGCAGACUGAAGGCAAGCAAACUAUACUCGCGAACUGUAUGUGCAAGAAGAAAUAGGAUUGUAAUGAACAACGGAACAAGACAAGAUGUUUUGUCAACCAAGGCUGUAAAGGAGGAUAACACUCCAUUUGAAGAACAAAUCUUUGGCACAAAAGGCUGGUAUGGUCAAGUGUGUGAGUCAGGUUUGGUUGAGUAUGAGGCCAAGGUUGAAAAUGAAGUGCUUGAGCAGGGCCAGCUUGAAACAAAGCAUCUUGUUGCUGCUAAGCUUAAAAAUUGUUGAAUGAUUUGUAUUCGCAACAUGGAGUCCAAGGAGGAGUGUUGAAAAUUGGCCAACCAUGUUGCUAUGAUAUUUUUGGUUGAAGUGCAUGCAGCUUAUAAACAUGCUGUAGCACGUAUGUUUGCUGUAACAGCAAGGUUGUUUAGUUACUUUGUUACGUUACUUAGUUGAAAAUGAACUAAGUUAGUAUUGUUUUGAUGUUUUUAGGUGUUGAUUGACAUAAUCAGCUUAUGUGCAAGUUAAGUUUUAUUUAUUUCAAAGUAUGAUUAGUGGUAGUAGGUAGUAUUUGGUGAUAUAUUUGGCUAUAAAUGUAUUGUUUUUUUUUUUAAAUGAGAAAAAUGAGCUAAAAGCCAUAAGUUCCCUUGCAUCUUGCUUUAUUGUUCUGUGUUUCUCUGUUUUCUUCCUCUGCUCCAAAACGCUAACAAAAAUAGAAGGUUUAAAACAAUGUUAGACCUCGAAUGGUGUCUUCCCUUUGACAACUUUAGUAGGUAGUCUAUUUAGCAAGUAAAUAGUAGUGUUUAAUGCCUCUGCCCAAAAAUAGUUUGGUAGUUUACUUUCAAACAGCAAAAAGCAAGCCAUGUUCAUUAUAGUUUUAUUUUUUCUUUCACUUAUUCCAUUCUGUUGUGGAGUAUACACAUCGCUCAAUUGAUGGGCACCAGACUCCUCGCAAAAUUUUUCAAGCUUCUUUGAGGUGUAUUCUGCCCGAUCUUAUCAUUUUGAGUUUGCAGUCACUUUGGUUCUCAACUAUGGCUUUAAAUUUGAAGAACAUUUCAGCCACCUCGGACUUGUUCUUUAUGAAGUACACCCAACAGAACUUUGUAUUGUCAUCAAUAAACAACACAAAGUACCUAUUUUCAUUUGGCGAACUUGUUUUCAUGGGUUCGCAACUGUUAGUAUGUACUAAGUGCAAUUUUUCAGUGGCUCGCCAUGUUGUGUUCGCAGGAAAUGGAGACCUCACCUAUUUACCAAGCUAGCACACAUUGCAUACAUGUUCAUGAUCAACCAUAUUUGAUAAAUUUUCAACUAGGUUAUUCUUGAACAUUUGACUUAAGAAUUUGUAGUCAACAUGUCCCAUUCUUCUAUACCAUAACUUGGUUUCAUCCAACGAGUUGGUAUAUGCUACUGAAGUUACUGAGUUCUUUUGUUGCCUUUGAAUACCACUGAAUAUUUUUUCUCAAGCAAUUGACCUACACUCAGCAGAUUUUGAUAUAUGUCAAGAACUAAAAGAACAUCUAUGACAAGUUUAGUACCUGAUGGAGUUUUAAUCAGAACAUCUCAUUUUCUUACUGCUUCAAUGUAUUGGCCAUUUCCAACUUUCACCUUGGAGUUGAACCUUUUGUCAAUGCUUUUGAAGAUUAUCGUAUCUACAGUCAUAUGACUUGUACAACCACUGUCAACCAACCAGUUUUUUCUUUCUUUGUUGGAGGGUUCGCAUGAUGCCACAAAUUGGACUUCGCAAGGGGGUUCGCAGAAUUUCGAAAGCUGUGCUUCACAUGAGGCUGCAAACAUCAGUUCUCUUUUACUUAUUUCUGCAGUUUGUGCUUGAGUGUUUUGCUGUUGUGCGUGCCCCUUAUUCUUGCACACCCUUUUUUCAUGGCCAAAUUGUUUGCAGUUUUUCCAUUGGUCAUUAGGCCUGAACUAACAGAAUUUUUCAGGAUAACCCAACUUCUUGCAGUGUGAACACGGUGGAUAAUGUUUCUUUUCACUAUCUUUCUUUGACUUCUCCUUAUUUGACCAACUCUUUUUUCCUUUAUGACUUGAGGAGCUUGUAGCUUCUCUGUUUCUGGCUUGAAAAGUUCUUUCAACGUGCCCUUCCUCUCUACUUGUCGUUAUUUGUUCUACAGCAUACAGAGUAUUGAUUAGUUUUGAGAGUGAGAUGGUUGAUAGAUCCUUUGAAUCUUCCAGUGAGGAUAUCUUUGAUUCGUAUCUCUUAGGAAGUGUGGUAAUCACCUUCUCAACUAGGCGACUAUCUGCAAACUGGUCCCUUAACAGUCUUAUCUAUUUCACAACUACCAUGAUUCGAUCUGAAUAUUGCUUCACAGUCUCAGCUUCUUUCAUCUUGAGGUUUUCAAAAUAUCGUCUGAGAUUUAUCAUCUAUUGUUGCCUUGUCUUCUGCGGAUCUUGGAACUCCUCAUUGAGCUUAUCCCAAGCUUGUUUAGGAGAAUCAUAGACCACGAUUCUUGUAAAGAUCAUGUCUUAAACACCGUUUUGUAGGCAAGACAUCGCCUUGUGUUUUUUGGCACAUUGUUUACUGUGUUGUUUCAUUUGAGCUAGUGUAGGAUUUGAUCUCAACACUAGUGGUUCUAUUUCAGCAUUCACGACAUCCCAAAGAUCAAAGGCUUGAAGAUAGAUUUUCAUUUUACUACCCAAAUAUGGUAGUUUUAUCCUGUGAAAAUAGGGGUGGUGGUGGUGUAAAGCUUACUAAAGAUAUUUUUAUGAAAAUAGGACUUUAAAGAUAAGGGGCUCUAAAUACUAAUUGUUGGAUAUUUGAUGAAGAAAUGACUGAAACAGAAGCAAAAAAUGGAGAAAACCAACUUGUGGUAAACUAUUUCAUUACUUGAAAAAUACAAAUUCAAAGUUUACAAGAACAAUUAUGCUUAAAUAAGCUGAUAAUAAUAAAAUAAUUACAAGUUGACUAAUCUUGGAACUUGAUUAAUUCAACUUGCUUCUUCAUUGGCUGAUUUCAGUCUAAUCAGCAAUUAAAACAUCUCAUAAAAAAUCAUUACUAUUUCAGUGCAAGUUGGUAAGUUGGCAACUUGCAGAGUAAGGAGCUCGCAGGUAUGGGUUCGCCUGACAGAGCUCAUACCUUUAGCGACCUUGUAGUUUUGUAGAGCUCGCAGAUUUGGAGAGUUCGCAAGUUUGUGAUUUGGGUUCGUCAAUGCAUGGAUGGUCUCUUUGCAACAAGACCAACUUCCCUGCCUUUGAUUUGUGUUGUUUAUUGUUUCCUUUUAGUGAGAUGCUAUUUGGUAAACAAUGAACCAUAUAUGCAAUCUGAUUUAAGUGUAAGAAGAUAGAAAGAACAUAGUAGAAAUGAGAACAACUAUAGGCUGCGGUAUAGAGUUAACUGAACUUAAAUAGAAGAAAGUUGUUAAGCAUACAAGAUCAAAUUGGGGAAUAUACAGAUAUGUCUGCUUGAAAUAGUUUGAUAAACUUCAGCCCUUUCUUUGGAGGUAGUUGUAAUUUAAAUUUGCUCGUCACUUGACUGGUGUUGGAAUCCUUGGGACUUGUGGAAACCUUCAGAAAUAGUUUAGGAAAGAAACAAAAAAGCACAACUGGGCUUGCAUUACAAGGAAUAAAAAAGGAAAGUUUCUUGAACCCAUUGAUAUUCUUGGACUUAGAAGCUUAACUUCCAUUUCACUUCCUAUGCAAGUAAAAUAACUUUGAAUAGAUUUCCAUCAAGCAAUGUUGUUCUUAAACUAUUUGAAUUUCUUUGGCAAAAUCUGUUUCAUAAUGUUAUUCUGUA